GACGGCCGUUGGCGGAGGGAUCCCGCGCGCCCCGUGUGUGUAUGUGAGGCGGCCCGCAGUGGGUUCCGGCUAGUGCUGCUCCCAUCUCCUCUCCCGAUAUCGCCGCCGCCGCUCUUGCUCGAAGCCUCUUGACGCUCCAGCUGCUGCUGCUGUCGCCGACCGGGACCCAGCCAUGGCUGACCAGCUUACUGAAGAGCAGAUUGCAGAAUUCAAGGAGGCCUUCUCCCUCUUUGACAAGGACGGGGAUGGCACCAUCACCACUAAAGAACUUGGGACUGUGAUGCGCUCUCUGGGUCAGAAUCCCACUGAGGCAGAACUGCAAGACAUGAUCAAUGAGGUGGAUGCUGAUGGGAAUGGCACAAUUGACUUCCCAGAGUUCUUGACCAUGAUGGCAAGAAAGAUGAAGGACACAGACAGCGAGGAGGAGAUCCGAGAAGCUUUCAGAGUGUUUGAUAAGGAUGGAAAUGGCUACAUUAGUGCAGCUGAGUUACGCCAUGUGAUGACAAACCUAGGGGAGAAGCUCACUGAUGAAGAGGUGGAUGAAAUGAUAAGGGAGGCAGAUAUUGAUGGUGAUGGGCAGGUCAACUAUGAAGAGUUUGUGCAGAUGAUGACUGCAAAGUGAAGCCCGCAGAAUGGGUGGCUGGCAAUGCCCAUUCUCCCUUGAUACUUUUCUUCAACACACACUCUCUCUACUUAAGUAACCUGGUUCUCUAAGCAAAACAAUCGGCUGUGGAAUAAAUCUGACCAAGCAAUUUAAAAAAACCUUCCCAAGCUGCAUGAUUGCACUCAUCUCUCCCUCCUCUUCUUGCUCUUCCUCCUUGUCCCUUUCCUUCCUUCCACCUCUUCCUGGUGCAUCCCUGAAAAUCCCUGAGAACCUCCGACCUUGUGGAUGUCUUUUGUUUCCAUCGGGUAUUCUGUUCUGCAGUCAGAGCUGGCCUGUCUCCCAGGGCGCAGAUUCUUUCUCUUUCUUUCAAGAAUCCAUACGAUGGGGUAGAGAGAGCGCAAAACCUUCUUAAUCGUGUUGCAUGUGUCUGGCACUGUGGUCGUGCGCAUUGACAUGGUGGUUGCCACCGAAGGUCUUGCCCCAAGGAACACCGGGGGUCCAAGGAAGAAACUGGGUUUUUUCCUUAGUUUUCUUUGGAGGGUGGGAGGGGGUGCUAUCCCACCAUCAGGGUGUCUGUGACUGAAGGUGGGUUCCAGAGAGCUCCGUCAGCAUGAUGUGGGGAAGAGGCUGGCAAAAGAGGAGGGGGAGCAUCCGACACUGUCUGAUUGGCUCUUUAAAACACAAAACAAUCCCAACUGCCCAUAAUUUCAACUUGUCUCCGCUCUUAAGUUUGUAUAAAUUGUAAAUGUCCUUACAGUUUCCUAAGCGUUCUGUCCAGACACUGGAGCUGCUAUGUAAAUACCUGAUGCUAUGGGCCCCUUUGGGGAGUGCCCUGUCUGUGUUGAUGGCAGGUGCUUUUGAUUGGCAGCUUGAGGGGCUGUGAGGAGGAGGGAGGCAUUGGAACAGAACCGCAGUAAAACAGUGAAGCCACUGCUGAGCAAAUGCCAACUGCACCAGGACGCCCUCUUCUCCCUGUCUGCCUCAUGCAAUGCUUUUUUUUUGUAGUGGCUCUCAGUUUAACGUUUGUGCCGCACCUUGGCUUCAGUGUCUGUGCUCUUCAAUGUUGCUUCCUUACUUCGCCUGCCCCCCCUUCCUUGUGGCAAACAGCAUGAGCCACAAAUUUGCUUCUCUUACUUUUUUCACUUUUAUUUUUUAAUCCAAGAAAAACAAGUUUUGGAGGGGAAAUCAAAACAAGCUGCAGAAUUUCCCUGAAACCGGGUGAAAGAAGAGUGCUUUGCGCAGUCCAUGGCGGAUUUGACCACGCCCCCUCUUUAUUUUGUGUCUUCUGCACUCCUCUGUGAGUGGAGGUGGAGGAUCUCACCUGAGAACUUAGGAAGGGGGCGUGGGGAAGGUUGGAGCAAGAAUGUCUUUGAAAGCAGGUGGUGGUGUGUUCAGUUCAAGCUGUGAAAAUAAAAUUAUAUCAAUGUUUUCCAAUAAAAUGCAGUGACUACCUGAAA